AUGUGUGACGCGGAUUCUGGAUGCGUGCCAAAAGGAUGCUCGAUCGAUCAAAAUAAUCGCAUUGGAUGUGGAUAUUUUCGACUCAAUAUUUACCAGUUCCGGCAAUGCUAUCAACCCGGCAAAAAAGAAGAUGAGGACGAAGAAGUGGCAUGGAUAAAUUGUGCUGAGGAUUACGGAUGCUCAUCGGAAUGUAUUCGGGUAUUAGGCAGUCGAUUUCGAGUGAAGUGUUACGGUAAAUCUGACUGCGAAACUCUGGCUCGAAUACAUGACGGAGGUGCCAAUGGUUGCCGUGAACAGGUAAACAAAUUAGCAUCGCAGAAGAAAUCAAGGACGUUCCUGAGAACCGCAUAUAAAUCAGUAUCACUAAAGGGGAAGCAAAAAAGA